AUGUUUUCAAGUUUUCUUUAUCAAGCUAAAAACAAAUAAUACAAAAAUUCAUUGUAAACCUUAAACAAUUUUUUAUUUAUAACCCAUUUCUGGUAUUACUAUUAAUUUCGGCAAUAUUUGAGAACGCACAAAAUCUCAAUGAACUAUGCUUUAUGUACAUUGUGGUCGAAUUCUGAAAGCAAGGAACAGAAUGGUCAUAUUGAAAACCAUCCAACGUCUAUCAAAUUUUUGGGAUAAAGGCAAAGCCGAGGAAAACGUCUUCUACUUGAAGCAGGAAAAAGAAAAGCUUAAAGCGUUGCGUAAAAAAAUGGAGGAAAUGGAAGCAUCACUCGACACAAGUAUCAAAGCAAUUGAAAAAGUAGUUAACAUCACAAAUGGUUAUAAGAAAGAUAUCGAAUCGCAGAAGAAGAAAGAUACUAAAAGUGAUUAAGUUAUACUCUGCUUCGAUUUUAAUCAAGGCGAAUCUAUUAAUGAGUGCGUAGUGAAGAGCUCGCUUACAGUGAAAAAAAAAACCGUAAUCAAUCCUAAAAAUGCAAAUUCCUUGUGUUUUGUGUAAAAAAAAUUGUA